AUGUUUCGUGAUUUUGGCAGCAAGGCAGGCAGUGGUGGGCAACAAAGUGCCUCCUUGGCCAAUGUUGAUCGGAGAGAAAGACAAACUCAACUAGCAUUGGAAAAUAUUGAUUUGGAAAAGGAUCCAUACAUUAUGAAAAAUCACAUUGGAAAAUAUGAAUGUAAAUUAUGUUUAACCCAACACAAUACAAUUGGAAACUAUAUGGCUCACACGCAAGGAAGAAGACACAAAUAUAACUUACACAAGAGAAUUGCUGCGGAUCAAAAGGAUACACCAAUCAAGGGAAUCCAAAAGCAAGAGAAAAUGUUUAAAAAGACAUUAAAAAUUGGAAGACCUGGAUAUACAGUCUCCAAGAAAAUUAAUCCAGAAACUAAGCAAAAAUCUCUCAUCUUUGUGAUACAAUACCCUGAAAUUGAUAAAGAGUUACAACCUAGGUUUAGAAUAAUGAGUUCAUAUGAACAAAAACAGGAACCCCCAAAUCCAAAAUAUCAAUAUUUAUUAUUUGCUGCGGAUCCAUACGAAACAAUUGCUUUCAAAAUUCCAAACAAACCAAUCGAUAGAGGUGAAGGUAAAUUUAUAACAGAGUGGGAUAAAGAUACCUAUUCCAUGACACUAAAGUUGCACUUCCAAAAAGAAGACCAAAAACAAAUUCCAAAGAUUCCUCCUCCUUCUGCAAAACUUCCUCCUCCACCUUCAAGUUUAGGUACAAGGAAACUAGCAUUACCUGGCAAGGUUAUUCCUCCACCUCCAAUUAAUGCACCACUCCGAAAGCAAUAAUUAAUCUCUAGUUUUUACUACAUUUUGUUUGAAUUGUUGGAAAGUUCUUGUUAAUGAUGUUAAUUCCUUGUUGAUGUUUUGUAUUUCAGUUUCAAUCUUUUCCUUGUCUGUCCUUUUUUCUAAUUUCACUUCAUCAGCCUUUCUCAGAAAAUAAAUAUUACUUUUUUGUGUGU